AUGAAUUAUUAAAUUAAGGGGAACUUUAACUAUCAUCUAGAAAUCUUGGCAUCAUAAUUAAAUGAAACAACAAAUAUUACUAUAAAUGCGUUCUCAUCAAAAAUUAACUAGAUCCCAUUAGGAUGCAAAUUUUAAUGGUUUAAAAAAUCAGAUAAUGAACGAAUUAAGAUUGAGACAUAGGGCAAUAUUUAUCCUUGUAGCAUAUUCGAUAUUGGUUAUAAGAUUGAGGCAAUUGUACAACCAUUCGAAUCAGGCUAUGAAGGAUAGGCUAUAAUAGAAUUCUAAAAAAUUCAAAUUUCUAGCUAAUUAGAAAAUAAACUCUCAUAAUUAUAUCAUAAUAACAUGAAGUAAUUAUUAGAGAUGAUUAUAUUAGAUAAUAGAUAAAUUGUAAUGAUUAAAAUUGGAUAUUCUCUUUAGAGUAUUUAGAAAAUAGUACAAACUAAUAAAAAAUAUAAUAUGGAGAUUAAUGUAUUCUGUCUAAUUAGAAUUAACUAUAAGUUUAGUUUAACAAUUAAAUAAUGAAAUUUAAAUGUAAAGAUGAUAAAGGUAAUAUAAGUAAGUAUAAAUUAGAUGCAUUUUGUGCUUUCUUUAUUUCAAUGUAAUCUUUAAAAAGAGUGCAUUUAAAAUUUAUAGCUUAUAACAUAGGUAAAUUGAAUUAGAAAUAGGUAAAUUUUUAAUCAUUAUUGAAUGCUUAAUUAUUGUAAUUAAUAAAUGAGAAAUCAGUUAUACCAAUUAAGAAAUUUGAACCUAUUCAAAAUAAUAUUAUGAUGGCUACAAGUUAAGAUUUUAGAACAAAUAAUUAAAUUUAAAUAACAUAAUUAAAAUAGGAAGUUAUUUAAGUUUAAAAUGAGAAACAGAAACUUUAAUAAUAAAUUGAUAAAUUAAUUAAAGACAAUAAAGAAUUAGGUAUUAAAUGAAUAAUAAUAUAAUAGAAAUUAAUGGUAGAUCUAAUACUGCAUCAAAAGAUUAAUUAGAUAGUAUGGAUAGAUUAAUAUAAUCAUUGAAAAAUGAAGUAUAUUCUUUAAAAUAGAGAGAAACUGAUUUAAUGAAUUAAAAUAGUAGAUUAACAAUGGCUUUAAAUGAAAAGAAUGAUAAAUGUGAUAAAUCAUUAUCUUAAUCUUAAUUUAUUGAUGAAUUGAAACUCAAAUAAUAUUAAGAUAUGUUAUAAGAAUGUAAUAAUGAGAAAUUAAGAUUAUAAGAAGAAUUAAAUAAAUAUUAAAAAUUUGGUUAAUCAUCAAGAACAAGUUAAAAUAAUGAUGUAGAAAAAGAAAGAUUAAUAUAAGUUAAUUAGAAAUUAAUGUAAGAAAUAGCAACAUAAACAAAUAAGAUUAAAGAAUUAUAAUUGGAAUUAGAAAUGAUGAAAAAUAUGAGUAGAAUCAGUAUGUCUAUGUCUAUGAUGGAAGAUCCUGUUAUGAAAACUAAAAUUGAAUAAUUAGAAUAAGAGAAUUAAUAUUUAUUGAAAAAAAUCUCUAUUUUAGAAGAAGAAUUAUCAAAAAAGAAAUAACCAAAACCAUAAAAAUAAUAAUAGGAUAAAGAUUUAUAAAUAUAGAAGUUAACUGAAGCUAAUAAACGAUAUUUAGAAGAAAAUUUGAAAUUAUUUGAAGAGAUUAGAUAAUUAAGAGAGAAAUUUGAUUAUUCAUCUAUAUUAUAAGGUUCAAUAAUGAAAGAUUCAUAAAUUUAAGAUAAUGUUGUUAAUCAUUAAUUAGAAUAAUAAAUUGAAAGAAUGUAAUAAAUACAUAAUUUAGAAAUUUAAAAAAUGAAAAAGAAAAUAGAAAAAUUAACAAAUGAUUUAUAAGAUUCUAAUCAAAUAAAAAAAUAAUUUGAAUAAUUAAUUAAAUAAAAUAAAAGAUUAGUUGAAGAGAAUACACAUUUAACUGAAUAAAUAAGAAAUUUAGCUGAUAUUAAUUUAUCUAAAUCUUUUUCUGAUAAUAUGUUUAAUUCUAAAAUAUUCAAUAGUGAUUAAUAUAAAGAAUUAGAAUAAUAAUUGAUUAUUCUUAAAAGAAAAAAUGAUGAAAUAUAAUCUAAAUUAGAUAUUCAUUUAUAAAAAGAUAUUUAAUAAUUAGAUAAAAUUAAAAUAUUAGAAUAAGAAAUUGUAAAAUAUAAAAAUUAAAUAAGAGAUAUAUAAUAUAAUAAUUCAGAUAAUAAUGAAGUUAAAUUACUUUAAAAUUAAAUUGAUGAUUAUUAAAAAACUAAAGAUAAUUUAAUGAGAGAGAAUAUUUAAUUAAGAGAUGAUUAUUCUACAUUAAUGUAAGAUAAAGAAUACUUAAAUGGAAAAAUUAAAUAAUUAGAAAAUUCUAUAUUUGAAUUAAAAUAAAAAUAAAUGUAAUUAUAAGAAGAAAAUAGAACACUUAAACUAUUUCCUUAAAGUGCUGAAAGAUAAUUCAGUGUAUAAAUUCAAUAAUUAUAAACAUAAAAUAAAAAUUUAACUGAAGAAAUAAUAAGAUUAUAAUCAUAAGGUUUUAAAGAUUUAAAUCAAAGUAACUUAUCAAUAAGUGAAAGUAUUUUAGGAUCAAAAAUAUAUGAAGCAAAAGAAUAUAAAUUAUUAGAAAAUUAAAAAGAAUUGUUAUUUAAUGAAAAUUAAUAAUUAAAAUUAGAAAUUAGAUAAGAACAAUAAAAAAUUAAUGAUCUAAAUAAAUUUUAAGAAUAAAUUAAAUCUCUUUAAAAUGAUAAGGAUAUAUUAAAUUAAUAAUUGAUAUCUAAUAAAGAAUAACAUUCAAGAUAAAUUAUAACAUUAUAAAAUUAAAUUGAUAAAUUAAAUUAAUAAUUAUAAAAUAUAUCUUUAAGUGAUAGUAGAUAUAAAGUUAUAAUUAAUGAUAAUAAAUUAGAUGAUAAUAAUUUAAAAUAAUAAGAUAUUUUGAAAUUAGAAAAUGAAAAUAGAUAAUUAAAUUAAUAAAUUUAAAAAUUAUAAUUAUAAUAUGAUACUGAAAUUAGAAAUUAAUAAACUUAAUUAUCUGAUCUAAAAUUUGAAAAUAAUAAACUUAUAAGAGAAAUAGCAUAUUCUAAAUAGUAUUCUGAAUCAAUAAUAAUAAAUUAAACUGAAAAGAAAUAAUAUUAAAGUUAAGAUAAUGAAAUUGCAUAAUUAAAAAAUUAAUUAGCAGAUAAAACUCAUUAAUUAAAGAUUAUUUAAACUAAUAGUCAAAAUAAUAUGGAAGAAUUAUAAUAAGUAAUUAGUAAAUUAGGAUUAGAAAAUAAAAAUAUUAAUGAAGUACACAAUUCAAUUAAAUCAAGACUUGAAACAUAAAUUAAUAAAUUAAUUGAAUAAUUAAGAGAGAAAGAUUAAAAUAUUAUUAAAAUAUAAGAAGAAUUAAGAAAGAAAGAUUUAAUAAAUAAAUAAUAAGAAGAAGAUUUAUUUAUGAAAUCUAAUUAAGUAGAAUAAUUGAUAUAAUAAAAUAAAGGACUUGCAUUACAAUUAAAUAAUUUAAAUUUUGAAUUGUAAGAGUUAAGAAUGGCUAGUCUUUCUAAUUCAUUUUCUAAAUCUCAUAUUGAUAUAAGAGAAAAUGAAAAUUAAGAAUUAUAAAAUGAAAUAUAAACACUUAGAAAUUAAAUUUAAAUUAUGGAAUCAUAAGCAAUUAAAUAAUAAGAUAAUUCUAAAAUGAUUAAAUUAGAAGAUGAAAUAGCUAAUUAUUAAAGAGAAAUAUAAUUGAUUAAGACUAAAUUACAAGUUACUAUAGAUGAUUCUGAAUUUUAUAAAAGAGAAUUUAUAUAAAGUUAAUAAUAAGUUGAAAAAAUGAAAAAAGAAUAAUAAUUAAAAUAAUUUGAAAAAUUAUCAAUUUAAGAAAAUGAAUUAAUUUAAAUAAAGAAAAUUAAUUAAGAAUUAAAUUAAAAAAAUUAAGAGUUAUCUAUUAUUAUUCAAAAAUAACAAUAGCAAAUGGAUGAUUUAUAAUUAGAUUUGAAUGAUUAAAUUGAAAAUAAUAAUACAAUUACAAAAUUGAAAAUGUAAUUAUAAUAGGAAUGUGAAAAAUUAUAAAGAGAAAACUAAUAAUUUAAUAUUAAAAUACAAGAAUUAUUAAAUCUCUAAUAAAUUGGAAAAGAUAAAGAAUUAAGUGAAUCUUUAAGAAAAUUAUAAUUAAUGGAAUAAGAAAAGUCUAAAUUAAUUCUUUCAUAUGAAUAAUAAUCUAAACUUAUUGAGAAUUUAAAAAAUAAUUUAGAGAUUUCAUAAAAUAAAAAGGAUGAAUUUGAAGUUAAAUUACAUUCUAGUGAAUAAUAUAAACAAGAAUUACAAAUAUUACUAAAAGAAAAAGAUCAAAAAAUUAAAUAGCUUUAAUAAGAAAGUUAGUAUUUGAGUAAAGAACUUGAUAAUGAAUAAUAAAAAUAAACAAAUUAAAAAAAAAAGGUUAGUGAGUUGACAGUUUAAAUUUAAAAUAAAGAUAAUGAUAUAUAAUAAUAGAUUAUAAAAGUCAAGAAUCUUGAAGAAUAAAUUUAAAAAAAUAAUCAAUAAAUCAAUACUUUAAAUAAGUAAAUAUCUUAAUUAAGUUAAGAAAAUAAUAAAUAUUUAAAUGAAAUUAUUCCUAAUUUAAAUAAAUAAAUUAAUUAAGAAACUCUAGAGAAAGAUUAAUUACAUCAAUAAUUUGAGAUUGUAUAAGAACAAUUUACUUAAAUGGAAUAAUAAAUUCUUAGUAUUACAAGAGAGAAAUCUCCAGUAAGAUCAAAGAAUAAUUCAUAAUGUAAACCUUUUGAUCAAAACUUAAAUGAAAAAAUAACAUAAUAAGAAUAAACUAUAAAUUAAAAGAAUCAAAUAAUAGAAUAAUAACAAGAAAAAAUUAAAAUAUUAACUUAAUAAAAUAAUGGAUUAUUACAUUAAAUUAAUAAAUUGAAUGAUGAUUUAAGAGAAAUAUAGGAUAGAUCAUUUUCUUUAGAUAGAAGUUCAGAAACUUAUUUAAUAAAUAAAAGCUUUAAUUCAAAAUUCAAUACAGAUAAUGAUUUAAUUUUAUAAAAUUAAUAUUAAUCAUAAGAUAUUUAUGAAAGUGAUAGAAAAAGAUAAUCUUAAUAUUAAUAAUAUGAAUAAACUUUGUAGGAAUAUAUUUAAGAAAAUAAAAAUUAAAAAUAAGAAAUUGAUUAAUUAAAAUAAGUUAUUAAUAAAUAAAAGGUAGAAUAUGAAUAGUAAAUUUAGAAUAUUUCUAAUUCAAAUUAACUAUAAAUUUCUGAAUUAAAUAGUAAACUAGAGAAAUUAGUUUAAGAAGAUAAAAAAAAUUCAAUUUUACCUUCUUAAAAUCUUAGAAAUGAAUAUUAACAAUAAAUUGAUAAAUUAGAGGAAGAAUUGUUUAGGAAAUAAGGUGUAGAAUAAUCAAAUUAAAGAUUAAAUAAUGAAAUUAGAAUAUAAAUAACUAAAGUAGUAGAAUUGUAGUAAUAAUUAGAAGAAUUACUAUAAUAAAAUUAAUAAUUGAAUGAAUAGAUUUAAGAAUAAGAUGAAUUAAUCAAAAAUUUAUAAAAAAUGAAAAUUCAAAAUUUAGAUUCUUCUGAUUUAUAGAAAGAGGGAGAAUUAAGUUAGCUUACAUAAUAAUUAUAGGAUGAAACUCUUAUACUUAAAGAAUAAAAUUAAAAAUAUGAAUAAUAGAUAUCUGAAUAUUAAAGUAAAAUAGAGACUCUUGAAAAUGAGAUUUUAAGAAAAUCAUAAUAAUUAUCUCUUAAAGACAGUUAAGUGAAUUAGAAUAAUAGAAAAAAUAAGAAAUUAGAAGAAUAGAUAUAAUUGUUAUAAGAUUAAUUGAAAGGUUAAGGAAGUUUAGUAACUUAAAAUAAGGAUGAGAUUAUUAUUCAAUUAUAAAAUGAAUUAGAAUUAAAUAGAGCAGAAAUCUUGGAAUUAUAAAAAUUAAGUAGUAUUAUCAAAUAAAUUUAGUUAAAUAAUUAGAAGAAUAGAUUGAUCGAUUAACUAAAAGUAAUUCAGCAUUAAUGGAAGAGAAUUGUAGACUUAAUGACUAAAUAAAAGACAAUUUAAAUGUAAGCUAUCUUAGUAAUGAUUCACAAAAUCAUUGA